AGUUUCAUAUUCUCCUCCUCCUCCUCAUCCUCACCUCACCUUUCUUCAUCAUCAUCUCCUCUAGAGAGACUCCAAUCCUUAGUUUCAUAUCCCCUUCUCAAAAUUUUGGCAAGAUUUGUAGAGAAAAACAAGGGUGUUUUAAUUGAUACUUUGUGUCAGAAACUGGUUUUAAUUUUACCUUUUGUCUCUCUGACAAUAGGACCCAAUUGUGUCCGAAGAAAAUCUCUGCUCUGACAAGUACCAUAAUUCUAAGUCAUUCCUCUCUCUCUUAAUCACGUAUAUAUAUAUAACUCAUCAUCAAGUGUAGGAGCUUCAAGAACCCUAAACAUACCUUAUAUGUGUAUGUUAUAGGGAUCCAUAUAUAUCUCUUGUUGCUUUCUCUUUUUCAUUUUAUUUUUUGAGACUCAAAGUAGUCUAAUAUUUUUGAUUGAAUUGUCGUGAUGAUGAAUCAACAAAGCAUGAGUUUGUCUUUAAACCGGAAUUCUUCUUCGCGCAAAUUUGCUAUUCGUUUUGUAAGGGCUUUAACCAGAAUAAAAAUGGCCACACCGAUUGUAUCAUCAGUCCAGAGUCGGAAAAAAUGUAGCCGGAGAAUUAAGUGUGCAGCUGAUACAUCCAUGGCAGCAACUAUUGGGUCUAGAAGAGCUUGGGGUCGUGCUAUCCUUUUGAAACAUCGAAACCAAGUUAGAAAACGUGUUUUGAUGAGGCAAAAAGUUGUUGGUAAUAAUAAGGAGAAUAAAACUAGGAAGAUUAAGGUGAUGAAUAAAGAGAAGAAGCAGAUUAAUAAAGCAAGGAAGAUUGAUCAUAUUAAGGGGGUUCAGGGAUCUGUAAACCGAGCUAAUAAACUCCGAAAACUUGUUCCAGGAGGAGAUGCCAUGGAUUUUUGUAGCUUAUUGGAAGAAACUGCUCACUAUAUUAAGUCUCUUAAUACGCAGGUACAGCUUAUGCAGAAAAUCGCUGACAUCUACGAAACUUGAUGGAUCCUUUUUAUUCUUACAUCACAAAUCUAUACAAACAUACCAACUUCAACGAUGCGAAAAAGAAAGAAAGAAAAGGAUCAGAAACAAUAUAAAUCAAGAGUGUGACCAUGGCCGGCCGUGGUGGUAAGUGAUAAUCAUCAAAGUUUAUAAACAACUACUACUUUACAUGCACAUAUAUAUGUUAUAUAUAAUAAUUUAAUAACAGUCCUAUAUAUGCGAGCUAUAGAAGAAAAUUAAGGUUUGGUUGUAAAUUAGACAGAGAGCUAGAGAGACGUAUAUUGAUAUAUAGAUUUGUCGAAAACAUAUAUACUGUUCUUGGGUGUGGACAAUUACAUAUGUACAUAGGUAAUAUAACCUGUUUGAUGAAAACAAUGCAUACUGUUUGUUGAAUUUUGUUAUUGAGAUCUA